CCUUAAAAUUUUCAGAUCGAUCUUCUUCAAGUUUUUGUACUACUAAUCCAAAGAUGAACUAUGAAACCAAUAGACUGCAAACGUUUCAAGAGUGGCCUGCAAAUUCUCCCGUCUCUCCUGGACAAAUAGCUAAAGCAGGCUUUUAUUACACGGGCCAAGCUCGGACGGUACAGUGUUUCCUCUGCGGUAUUACAAUAUCCGAAUGGAAUAGAAAUGACAAAGUGAUUACUCGACAUCGGCAGGCCAGUCCAGAAUGUCAAUUUGUAUUAGAACCAUUUAAGACUUGCAACGUGCCACUUAUAUCCUCGUUUAAUGAAACAAGGCAUUCGAGUUCUGUGGAUGGCGAUACCCAAGAUCUAAGAAGAUGGAGAAUUUUACAAAUUGAAACGAUGAAUUACUACGAAAGAUUGAGUACGUUUAAAAAUUGGCCUGUACCAGAUAUCGUGUCACCCGAGUCAUUAGCUAAAUCAGGAUUUAUUUAUUUUAAACAGGCAGAUUUGGUCAAGUGCAUUCACUGCGGAGGUAAACUAAGACAUUGGGUACUUGGAGAUGUUCCUGAUGACGAGCAUAGAAAACACUUUCCUAACUGUGAUUUUUAUUUACGAGAAGAAGAGAAUGAAACUAAUUUGUCAACAGAAAAAGUGGACUUUGACAAUGUCAAGUUGCUGCCUGGCACAACCUCCAACUUUACAGAGCUACGCAUACAAAAUCAUUUAGCUCCAAAACAGCCAAAACAUGCAACGUACGAAGGCAGGUUACACACUUUUCAAGGAUGGCCUACCGAUCUCAAGCAGACCCCAGAAAUGUUAGCUGAUGCUGGCUUUUAUUAUCUUGGAUCACAAGAUCAAGUCAGAUGUUUUCAUUGUGGCGGAGGCUUGAGAAAUUGGGAAGAGAACGAUGAUGUUUGGAUAGAACAUGCCAGGUGGUUCCCAAAAUGUGGAUAUACUGUUUUAGUAAGAGGACAAGACUUUAUUAAACAGUGCGUGGAAAGCACGCAGCCGUCAAAACCUUCGAUAUUAGCCAGUGCUCUUAACGACGUCUCCGAUGUUUCCGUAAUACCAUCGGCAUCUCCUACCGUUAUAUCUCAACAACGUCACAUUCGAAGAGUGACAGAUGCUGAGUUAGAAGGAUUGCUUGGCACGGCACCAGCUGUGGCAGCGCUAGAAAUAGGUUUACAUGUUGGUAGAGUUAAAAUGGCAUUAAAACGAAGAAUGGAGCAAACAGGAUUACCCUACGUCAAUGCCGACCAGCUCAUCGAAGAUGCCACACAAAUACAAUUAAGAGAAGAGGAUAACAUAAUUAAUCGAGCAUCUGAUUCGCCGUCAACGGAACUCACUCAUUUGUUAAAUCAAAUAAUAUCUACUGCCGAGUCUGCAAGUAGUUCAAAUGUCCAACCAGAAACUGCAAGGAAUAACGAAAGCAAAGAAAGCAGUGAAUUACAUGAAAUAGCAACAUCGACUUCCGAAAUAAAGUCACAGAAUGAGCUGCAGACGAAGGAUGGGAGCACGAUUCACGAAGAAACUGUUUCUUUAGCAGAGGAAAACCGAAGAUUAAAAGAAUCUCGACUAUGCAGGGUUUGCAUGGAUAAAGAAUUUUCGGUCGUCUUCCUUCCCUGCAGUCACUUGUCCACCUGCGUAUUCUGUGCUUCUUCGCUUACUCACUGUCCGAUGUGCCGGCAAGCGAUUCGUGCCACUGUUCGCACCUUUUUAACUUAAACAACUAGCAUUGGGUGACGAAAGACCAGCCAAGCCUUGUUAGAUGGAAAAAAUCCCAAUUUAUUUAAUCGAAUCAUUAGAUUCUUAAACACGGCUGUUAAAGAUGGAAGUUUAAUGAAGUAUCAUUUUACUGCUACAAAACACUGCAUUAUAUUAAUGAAUUAUAAGAUAGGUAUAUGAUAUUUGAGUAAGUAAAAAAAUAUAUUUUGU